CCCGGCCGGCACAUAAAAGCAAACGGCAUUUAGCCCACAGCCACUCACAGCACUUUCUCUCCCACUGCCACAAGCCACACUGAUACCUUCCCUGCUGCCUUUGGAGAAUCAAGCUUGAUCCCUUCAUAGAAUCGCCCAGUUGGCAAUCCAAUCAGAUCUUCAAAAAUCCCAACGGAAUAAUCAGCCCAGCAGUCGCAAUCACCUUCAAUUGGAAUUAACCUGUGGAUGGCAAGACUGUUGAGCAGACAAUAAAAGAAGUGGAGAUAAAAUUAAAGAUAAGGUGGUGAUCCCAGAAGAAAGAACGACUGUAUCUGACAGUUGUACAUGAAACGUCUCCAUCAACAGCACCUUCUUCCACAGGUCCAAGCGUAAAUGUAAUGGCUCUCUCUGUAAGGUCUUCUCAGCGGCUCUUGGCGCUCAUUGCCAUCCUUGCUGGGACGCUGAGUCCUGCCUACGCCGGUGCCUACUAUGGGGCAAAGCAGAUGCCACCGCAGGUUCCACAGUAUCAAGCCAUGGCACAACAGAUGCCCCACAUGCCCCAUGGGAAGGAAGGCCCACCUUUGGGACCCAUGGCAAAUGAAAAAUCCUACAUGCCGUAUUAUGGGAAGGAUAUCCCGUUGAUGCAAAUGCAUCCCAUGGAUCUGAUGCCAAGGAAAAAAGGAAAAGACUACCAAAUGCCUGCUCAGCGUGGGGAACCAGGUCCUUCAGGAGAACCAGGCAUAAGAGGACCACCUGGGCCUCCAGGGGUACAUGGACAAGGACUACCAGGACCAAAAGGACAUCAAGGACCCCCAGGCCUACCUGGUCAUCCAGGUAUAGGCAAACCCGGAAUGCCAGGAAUGCCUGGAAAGCCAGGCGCCAUUGGAAUGCCUGGCCCAAAGGGAGAUCAAGGGCCAAAGGGAGAGUUAGGACACAUUGGAUUGCCAGGGCAACCAGGACAAUCUGGGCCAUCAGGUCGACCAGGCAUUGGAAAGCCAGGUGAGCAGGGUUUACCAGGACAUACAGGACCAAAAGGUGAACCAGGAUUAAAAGGGCCACCAGGAAUCCCUGGGAUUAUGGGUCCAAAGGGAGAAAGGGGGGUUGGUGUUCCAGGACUACCUGGAUUUAAAGGUCCUCCUGGGCCCCAAGGGGCUCCAGGCCAAGCCGGCCUUCCUGGCAUUGGAAAACCUGGUAUGGCUGGUUUUCCAGGACCAAAAGGGCCACCAGGUCACCCUGGGUUAAAAGGAGAACAAGGUCCAACAGGUCCUAUGGGGCCACCAGGCCUACAAGGCCCACCUGGUAUUCCUGGUGUUGGUAAACCAGGUCCAAAUGGAUUUUCAGGUGAAAUUGGUUUACCAGGUGGUAAAGGUGACCAAGGAUUACCAGGUUUACCAGGACAACCUGGUCUGCCAGGAAUAGGUAAACCAGGUCUCACUGGCCCUAAAGGAGAACGUGGAUUUGGAGGUGCACCUGGUCCAAUAGGACCCAUAGGUGAUAAAGGUGAUAAAGGUGAACCUGGUGUAGGAGGGCUACAAGGCGAGCCUGGACCUUCAGGUCCGCCUGGACCAGUAGGACCCCAGGGAGUACCUGGAUUUCCUGGGCCAAUUGGAGAGCCUGGCAAGGAGGGUCCUGAUGGACCAAUAGGACCUAAAGGCGAACCAGGAUUACAGGGAGUUCCAGGUAUACAAGGUUUUCCUGGUGAGGUAGGGCCCCCGGGUCUCAGGGGAUUGCCAGGACCAACAGGGCCAAAAGGAGAAGCAGGGCACAAGGGAUUAAUUGGUCCACCGGGCACACCUGGGCUGGUAGGACCCAAAGGAGAACCUGGGAUGCCUGGUGAACUAGGAUUACAAGGUGCUCCUGGAAUACCUGGCCUUUCAGGAUCAAGUGGACCAAUAGGUCCUCCUGGACUCCCAGGUCCAAAGGGAGAACAUGGUUUGACAGGUGCACCUGGUCUCCCUGGCGUGGGUGUAGCUGGCCCAAUAGGACCCCAUGGCCCUGUGGGAUCACCUGGAGCAACUGGUCCCUCAGGGCCACCUGGUAUGCCAGGACCUCCAGGACCACCAGGUGAACCUGGCCGUCCUGCAGAAAUCGGACCUACGCCCCCAGGUAUGGGACAGUAUUUGCCAAAUAUGGGAGCCAUUGAUGGAGUAAAAACACCUCAUGAGUAUGCAGGGAAAAAAGGAAAAAAUGGAGGAAACAUUCACGAAAUGCCAGCAUUCACUGCUGAACUGACCACGCCCUUUCCUUUAGUGGGUGAACCUAUAAAGUUUGAGAAACUGUUAUACAACGGCAGAAAUGGCUACAAUCCACUUACUGGCGUGUUCACGUGUGAAAUUCCAGGAAUUUAUUACUUUUCUUACCAUGUCCAUUGUAAAGGUGCCAAUGUUUGGAUUGCGUUGUUCAAGAAUAAUGAGCCAGUAAUGUACACGUAUGAUGAAUACAAAAAGGGAUAUCUUGACCAAGCCUCAGGGAGUGCAGUGCUCCCUCUCAUGUAUGGAGAUCAAGUCUACAUUCAGAUGCCUUCAGAUCAAGCCGCUGGACUGUAUGCCGGCCAGUACGUUCACUCAUCAUUCUCUGGAUUUUUAUUGUAUCCCAUGUGAGCAACAAUAAUACACAAAAAAGAAGAUUAAAAAAAUCAAAUGUUCAUUUUGCUUUUAAAUUUUAUAUAAUGUUCAACUGCCCUGUGCUACCUGUACAACGCAAAGCAGGACAUUAUCUGGCAGUGGGACCAUCUUUUAGCACAGUCACAUUUUUUGGUUGUAUGCACAGUAUGUACAAAGGGAGAGAAUUAUUAUUUACAUUAUAUUAAGGUCUUGCCCAGCCUGAUAUCAUUAAUGUGUCUUGGCACAUGCUAGAAAUGACCGUGAUAAGUACAGAGCUAAAUCCUUCAGAACUCUAUGUUGGUCUGCGAAAACAAAAAUGAUGAACCUGGAAAAAAAAAACCAACCCAAGAAUGUUGUGUUGAUAUUCUUAUUCCAUCCUCUGACAAUGACCUUUUUCGUAGAUGGUGCUCUACUAACAAUGGCCAGAUCUUAAAAAGCCUUUGAAUAUGAACAAUAAUCUCAUUUAUCGAAGGCCUAUGGUACAGGUGGAUGAUGCACUGAUCCUUAACUUCUAGAGAUUGUUGAUAUUCACCUCAUUUAACGCCACUCGGUUUAGCCUGAAUGGGGGAAUAUGCUAUUUUGCGAAAGGAGUAUAGAACAUAAAACAGUGAGGGCAGAUAAUAUUGUAUCUACAAAAGACUCCAUCUUUGUUUAGAUGUUAAUGGGCACUGUCCAAUGGUCUGCAUUGGAUUAGGCAUUCUUCAUAGACAACAUCUUAUUUUAAUGACUACUAGUGGUGUGGUUCUUUGGUUGUCUAUGGAGAAUUCCACAGGAAAAACUCCCACAAAACUUGAAGAGGAAAUGUUCUCCACACAAAUGUGCCAUCAUACUUUGAUGAACGACCCCUGACAUAAAACAAAAUUCUCAUUGUUAAACAUUUAAAAUAAUCCACUAUUUUACUACAAACAAUGCACAUGAAUAAAAACAGGCAUAUAAAUAUAUAAAACACACACACCACUUAGAAAAAAAUUGGUGACCAACUACAAGAGCAAUGGCCUAGAUGUUUAAUACUGUUUUACUCUGCAUUUUAUUCCAACACUAGUUGGGCAAAACCAAAAUAAAUGGAUUUGAGAUAAGCAUCAGACUGAUUUGAUGAGAAUAUUUCUGGGGCAUUUCAAGUAUCAACAUUAAGUAUAAACAAGAGCUCGGUAAAUAUCUGGUUUGUACCAAAAAAUACAGUAUGCAUUAGGAUUUAUUUAUGGAGGCCAGAAGAGCCUAGAUCAGUGAUCCUUAACCAGUGGCUCGUGAGCAACAUGUUGCUCUCCGACCCCUUGGAUGUUGCUCCCAGUGGCCUCAAACUGGUGCUUAUUUUUGAAUAUCUGGUUUGAAGGCAAGUUUUAGUUGUACAAAAACCAUGUGUACUGCCAAAAAGAGCCUCUUGUAGGCUGCAAGUCCACAUAGAGGCAAGUUUCACACCCAUAGGAACUUCUUGCAUGAUUAUGUUGCUCUCCAACUUAUUUUACAAUUAAAUGUGGCUCACAGGUAGAAAAUAUUGGGGACCCCUGGCCUAGAUGGUGUAGGAGUGAGCAGAACUGGAGCACCCUAGUAAUUAUACACCAGCUCUAUGCAAGAUCAGUAGCUUUAUGAGCUCAUCAUCUUUUCAAGUGACAUCAUUGGCCCUACAUAGAGUACACUUUCUCCACUUGUUCAUGCUAACUCUGCACCCUCACAAAGUAGAAUAGGGUGAAUAGAACAACCCACACAAAGUAGUAUAGUUGAAAAGUAAUGAAGAUGGAGAAGAAACUUGAUGGACAUUUACUUUAGUGAUCUAGAGCUGUCGUACUAGCUGAAGCAACCUGGGCUUUAUACGACCCUUUAAACAAAUAAAUUAAUGUAAAUAAAUACAUUAACAGAACAAGGAUGAAGCAACCUUUGGCGCCCCACCAUUAAUUCCUACCAUCAAACUGCCAUAGAGGGAGAGUUUCUGCAAAGAACUGGGGUGUUGUUGGUUGCUUGUUCCUGAUCUGGAUUUUCUACUUGUGUGUUUGGCUCAAUGAUAACCAUUAACUUGAGAUCAGGAUCCAACAAUGUCCUACUCAUAUUACAUACGCUGUAUUUAGAGUUUUACAAUAACUAUCAUUGGAUACAUAAAGAUCUGACAUACAAUUGCUGCUAUUAAACUUUCACUAACUUCCUACAGACAGUAUUAUUAAAGGCAACUAGGCUGCCCCGGCCAUCAAUAUACGCAAUAGAAAUACCAAACAAGUUGCAUUGGACUUGGGUUUAGUACAUUCCUUUAAAACAAUAGCUUACAUGAAAUGCACUAGAAUAUAUGGCGACUACAUAAAAAUAUAAUAAAAGCAUUUGAAGUUAAUCAUAUGGAGCACAGUUAUAAUAUAUAUUGUGAUGGUUUGAAAGGGAGGUUAAUAUAUAUAUUAUAGUUGUGAUGGGUUUUUCUUUCUUUAUUGUGCAACUGAAAUGAGACAUGACGGUGUUAUCUUCCAGAAAUAUGUAAACCCUACAGGCUACAUCUGAUUUUCUAUUAUAAUUUAUUUUGUUAGAACACAAAAAAAAAAAAAGAAGAAAAAACAUGAAUUCAGACCGUGUCAACAUUUCUGAUUAAAUGCACAAAAACAUACAACCGAUAUCCAAGACUGUAUUUUAAAGAUGGUGCUAAACGUAUGAUUUAUGUUUUAUUUAAAUAAUAUUGUUUUAAAAAUACUUUUUUUUUUCCCCCAGAAAGAAUGUGAUUAGCGAUCAGAGGCCAGAAAUUCUAUUGUUAAAUUUUAAAAAAAAAAGAAAAAAGGAAAAAUAUUAUAUCCCUUUUUUAUUAUAUCCCAUUUUUUAAAAAAUAAUUUAACUCUUAAAUGGGUUAAGAACUUUGAUAAAAAAAAAUUAUGUCCAUGAAUGUAGUUAAAGGGGGAACUCAAUGUUCAUCCAAAAACUGGCAAUUUCUAGAUUGUUUUCCAGAGGGGAAAAAAUGAAGAUGUUAUAGAACACCAAAUGCUUUUGUAUUUAAAAAAUUUUGUAUGGAUUUGGAGAAGUAUCUUAAUAAAUUUUUAAUUUUA